AGUCAUACUUUUGCUAGCUUCCGGUCAGAAGAAGCCACAGAAGACAUAGCCGGCCAGGAAGAAGAGGAGAAGGAAGGGGAAAGAAGAACAGCGGCGACGCGCGUCUUCCGAUCAUAGUCUCGAUCGCAUAUCAGAAUCGGAUGUGAAGAAUUUGAAGCUCAUUUUUUAAUCAUCUUUCCUGCUUCAGUCCAGUUGGGAGACGUCCGAGCCGAGAGGAUCCGAUCGAUAAGGUGAUCAAGAAGCUACCUCUGCACAGGUAGCGGCUUGUGCAUGCAGGUUGCUGGCAUAUAGGCAAGUGAUUGCAUGCAUGGGGGAUAGGACAUGGCAGCAGCCACAUGAGCAGGCUUCCUAUCCACACGCGGGGAUGGUUCAAGCUGCUUCCUCCUCCGCCCAUGGCGGUAUCAUCAGAAAGGAAGCUGGAGGAGGAUACGACAUGGCAGAAUUCGAUCAAGCCCUCUUCCUCUACCUCAACGGCCAGGAUCAAACAUCAGCUAUUAUUCAAGAUCAACCUCAAACUCUCAACAUCUUCCCUUCUCAGCCAAUGCACGUCGUCGAGCCUGCACCGCCGAAGGGAUCCAUGCUGGGAACUAACAACACGACGCCGAACGCCGGCGCCGGUCCUUCUUCGAAGCGGGCGCCGCCAUCAUCCAACAACGCCGUCCCUCCGGCAGGAGGCUCCAAGAAGGACGGCAAGCCGGCUGCCGUAAAGAGAGAAGCAGGGAGCAGCGGUGGCGCCAUGGGCAGCGGGACGCCGUCGACCUCGAACCAACAGGAGGGCCCCAGGACGCCGGACGCCAAGACGCUGAGAAGGCUCGCUCAGAACAGGGAGGCGGCAAGGAAGAGCAGGCUCAGAAAGAAGGCUUACAUUCAGAACCUAGAGACAAGCAGGAUCAGGCUGUCCCAGCUGGAACAAGAGCUGCACAGAUCCAGAAAUCAGGGAGCAGUGUUUGGUGGUGGAGUUCUUUCUGGUGGCAAUGGCGGCCUAAGCCCAGAGGCGGCAUGGUUCGACAUGGAGCACGCGCGGUGGCAGGAGGAGGACGGCAAGAUGAUGCGGCACCUGCGGGCGGCGCUGGAGGCGGAGGAGCACGCCGCGGCGCCGCCGGCGGCGGAGGCGCAGCUGCGGCAGAUGGUGGACGCGGCCGCGGCGCACCACGGGUUGCUGGCGGAGCUGAAGGCCGCGGUGGCGCGGGCCGACGCGUUCCACCUCGUGUCCGGGGCGUGGGUGUCCGCCGCCGAGCGCUGCUUCCUCUGGAUCGGCGGCUUCCGCCCCUCAGAGCUCAUCAAGGUAGCCGUCCGGCACGCGGAGCCCCUGACGGAGCCGCAGGCGAUGGGCGUCUGCGGCGUGCAGCAGUGGGCGAGGGAGGCGGAGGCGGCGCUGGAUCACGAGCUGCAGGCCAUGCACCGCUCCGUCUCGGAGGCCGUCUCCUCCGACGCGGCGGCGCUGCUCUGCCCCUACUCCGACGUGCCCGGCUACAUGGCCACCAUGUCCCUCGCCAUCAGCAAGCUCGCCUCCCUCGAAGCCUUCGUCAGACAAGCGGACGCGCUGAGGCUGCAGGCGCUGCACCGGCUGCCGCAGAUCCUGACGGCGCGGCAGUCGGCACGGUGCUUCCUCGCCAUCGCCGACUACUCCCACCGCCUCCGCGCGCUCAGCGAGCUCUGGCACACCCGGCCGCGCCACGAACCGCCGGUGACCACGGCGGCGGCCGGGUCCAGCCACGGGCCACCCUACCAAAGUAGGGAUGGUUUGCUAUAGAUACAGCCUCACGGACAGUGAUGGAAUAGUUGCAGAGAUACAUACAUAUAGAGGUGAUCAGGAAUUCAGAUGACCCAUUUCACGACAAUUUGACAUCAGUUGUAGGAGUAUUUAUAUAUUUAUAACUGUGUAUACACAAAGGAUAAAUAGGAGCUGAUUCAGCAGUAUGAAAUAGGAAGGAAUAACCAUUGAAACUGCCAAAUUGCCAAGCUGAUUCAGCCAGUAUUGACAUGUCAGACACUUUGAUAAAUGGUGAGAAAAUAAGUUAUUGCAGAACUACUGCCAGACAA